AUGAUUCAAGCACAACCAAAAGCUGAUUUUCCCACACCAGUUCCAAAGAUUUCAAAGAAACGAAGAAGCAACAAGAAGAGCACCACCAACCACGAUCGCAAUUCAUGCUUGUUUCAUUUCCCAACCGCUACAAAAUCAUCGAUUCCUACAAACUGUCAUCUCAACACUCCAUGCCUGUUUCAAACCAUGUACCUCCAAGAUAAAUCCAUGAUUGCUGUUUCUAAACGAGCCAAACAAGACAAAUGUCAACCUUAUGAACAAGUUUUGGAUAUUGUAGUGAACGACCCUGCGAGUGUGGUUCGGUUUGAUGGCAGGAAAACGAGUCCCUCACCAACUUCUUCAUCGACAACGAGCGAAUUCUUUAUUAAAAGUGGGUUUUUGUUUGUAAAACCUCCUGUCGCACCUGGCACAACAAAAUAUUACGAAAAGUCAAGAGUCUUGCAGCAUUUGAAUGAUGAAACAGGAAAAUCUACGCCUCAAAGUAGCACCAUCAUACGAAAGGGAAGAACAUCAAUGUUGUCAAUAUACGAGUUGCUCAAUUAA